GUCGGAAACGGAAAGAAAUAGGAGCGUCAAGAGGGACCUGUCAUUAACCGCGACAAUCGUUCUCUUUAAAACACAGCCGAGCAAACUUUCGGCAAGAAUCAGCUGAAGAAUUAUUCGCAGUUAUCAGAGAAGAACUGACCUUUCACAGACUCCUCAGAUAUUACUACGUCAAGACAGCUGUCAACAUUUUCAACCAGUUUUUCAAGCUUCAGCGGAAAAUUAGACAGCUAUUUAAUAAACAAAUGUUUAAGUUAAGGAUCGAUAUCUGAAUUAUUUUCUGGUGCGGUGGAUGUUUAUCCCCGAUGAAGUCAAAAAGUACUCUUUCAGUUUUUCAUUGCACGUAAACUGAAAAACAGACCAGUUUAUCCACUCUCAUCUCGAACCGGGGUAUUACCGCUUAAGAAGCUGCCGAAAUGGGAGCGUGUCACGGGGACGGUGUGUCCUCGGUUUGCGGAAAAAGUUUCCGAUGGACUGUGCUAUUGCUUUGCCUCACCUCUGGCACACAGGGGACGUGGGGAACGGGAGUUUUUAAAUACUCAACCGGGAUACAGCUCCACAAAGACACGGCAGGAUCCUCGCAAACCUCUCUUUAUCAGAAAAGGAACAUGUGUCCCCACACUGUAACUAAGACAGUGACAUGUCAGGUACAGAAUGGUACCACACUACAGCGUGUGUAUCAGACAUGCCGAUGGCCACAGGGCUGCACGGGAGGCAGCUAUCGGAUGGUGGUGCGUCCGGCCUACAAGGUGGUCUAUCGUACAGUGACAGCCCUGGAGUGGAAAUGCUGUCCAGGGUACACUGGUGCCCACUGCGAGGAAGGAGCAGCCAGCAGUCAGCCAGCCCAGGAGGCAGCGAGGAAGCAGACUUUUCUCCGUAAACCAGCAGUCCGCCCUUCAGAGCAACUCUCUAGUUGCCUGAACUGUAGUCGCAUCAGUGCUCUGAAUGACCGUCUGACCUCACUAGAAACAAAGGUCCAACUUCUCUCUGCUCCAGACUCCCUCCGGCAGCCCCACGUUCCAGAAUCUUCCCUCCUGAUGGGGGCACCGCCUGCUAAAGGAGCUCCUGGGGACCAGGGCCCAGCGGGUCCACAAGGUGAAAGAGGGAAAGAUGGUGCCCCAGGUAGAGAUGGAAGGCCAGGGUCUCGGGGGUUGCCAGGGCCAAGGGGAGAGGCAGGGGUCAGAGGUCCAUCUGGUACUCCAGGCUCAAGGGGGACACCUGGACCACCAGGACCAAGGGGACCACCAGGCCUGCCAGGAGACAGGGGUCUCCCUGGCCAACCAGGACCGCCCGGGCCCCCUGGACCUCCAGCCCCGGUACCUGAACCUGACGCUGGCCAGAGUAAAAACCUGCUCCUGUCCAACACCUUCCCUGACCCCCGAGUGACCCCUGUUAAGGGACCACAGGGCCCACCAGGACCCAGAGGUCCACCAGGACCACAGGGCCCAAUCGGACCAGCUGGACCUCCAGGACAGAGUGGAAAGCCAGGGACACCAGGUUUACCGGGCCCCGUGGGACCCAAGGGAGAGCGAGGGGAAAGAGGUCCGCUGGGUUAUCCAGGAGAGAGGGGCUUUAAAGGAGAGAUGGGCGCACCAGGACCUAAGGGCGAGCCCGGAGAGAAAGGUUUGCCGGACGUUAGUGUGCAGAUGUUAAAAGACCUGCAGGCUGACUUAGAGCUACUGGCCCGCAGGGUACAGCUGCUGGAGGCAAUCAUCUGGCCAGAACCUGAUCUAGGGUCAGGGGACGGUCUGUACGGCACGGUGACACCAGGGUUCUUUCGGGAAAAAAGAGCGGGUAUCCAGCCCUACAGGAGCCUUUCACCUCCGCUUCCGGCAGACACCAAGAAUCGGGGGAAAUUGUCCUCGACCCCCUGAGGGAUGAGAAGGUCGAUGUGACCUGCUCUCUGGAUUCCAGAUUGUCUUGGAACAGACAACACCCUUUGCAAGCCCCAACAUUACUCAUUCCGCUUGAUCUACUAUGUCUUUUUUUAGGCCAUACCAUUGCAUGAAGAUGGGGGGGGGACACCUCAGGGAAGACCAUCUGGUGCUGUAGAGAUUAACUAUCUCAAAUGGGAAAAAAAGUCUCAGUUAGCCCCCUCCUCCUCUGCAAGGUGUAUAAGCCCAGAGGUUCCUUACUCUCAUUCCCAGCACUGCUAUAGGACUUCUGUUGAAUUGAAAGAAAAUGACCUUGGGAAGAACUAUUAAACCAUAUAUAUAGACGAAUACAGCAAUACAGUUCAAUCACAAAAUGACAACCAUACUGAGAAAAUGAACAGUUACGGGGAAUUGUA